AUGGUCCAUUUGCACCCAUCGUGCUGCACCCUGGUCCACCUGCACCCUGGUCCACCUGCGCACUUAUCCCACUGGGCCCUGGUUCACCUGCGCCCAUCCCUCUGCGCCCUGUUCCACCUGUGCCCAUCCCUCUGCACCCUGGUCCACCUGCGUCCAUCCCUCUGUGCCCUGGUCCAGCUGCGCCCAUCCCUCUGCACCCUGGUCCACCUGCGCCCAUCCCUCUGCACCCUGGUCCACCUGCGCCCAUCCCUCUGCGCCCUGUUCCACCUGUGCCCAUACCUCUGUACCCUGGUCCACUUGCGCUCAUCCUUCUGCGCCCUGAUCCACCUGUGCCCUGGUCCACCUGCACCCUUCCCUCUGCACCCUGGUCCACCUGCGCCCACCCCACUGCACCCUGAUCCACCUGCGCCCUGUUCCCCGUGCCCAUCCCUCUGUGCCCUGAUCCACCUGCGCCCUGGUCCACCUGCGCCCAUUCCUCUGCGGCCUGGUGCACCUGCGCCCCGGUCCACCUGCUCCCUGUCCACCUGCGCCCAUCCCUCUGCACCCUGGUCCACCUGCGCCCAUCCCUCUGCACCCUGGUCCACCUGCGCCCUGGUACACCUGUGCCCAUCCCUCUGCGCCCUGAUCCACCUGCACCCAUCCCGCUGUGCCCUGGUCCACCUGCGCCCAUCCCUCUGUGCCCUGGUCCACCUGCGUCCAUCCACCUGCGCCCUGGUCCACCUGCGCCCAUCCCUCUGUGCCCUGGUCCUAACCUGCGCACUCAUUCGGCUGCACCCUGAUCCACCUGCACCCUGA